AUGGCUGCGCAGACCACUAUACCAUCUAUUUUCCCAGGUUUUAGAUUCUCGCCGACUGACGGAGAAUUGGUUCAUUACAAUCUAAAUAAGAGGCUACAGGGAUCGGAGAAGAGCGUUUAUGUCAUUCCAACCAUGGGUUUUCCAGGAAUUAAUGCAGAAAUGGCACCCAUGGAAACUUUCCAGAUUACUUUUCAAGAUGCAGCAAUAGGUCAAGAGGAUUAUAACAGAUUGGGGACUUUGAGCUAUCAAGGGGCAGACGUAUUUGUCUCUACAUUCUCGUUGGUUAGCCGAGCAAGCAAUGAGAACAUACUGAAAAAGUGGCUUCCUGAACUUCAGCAUUAUGCACCUCGAGUGCCAAUUAGACUAGUUUGA